GCCAACAGAGCAGGGGAAUUAAAAGUGUGUGCGACGUGUGCGGUUGGAGUCGGCUUUGGGGGAGAGUUUGUUUUGGUGGGAGGUUAGUGCUUAAGCGGCGCCUUGACCCCGCCGUAGUCUGGCGCUCGGUGGGGGAGUGGAGCUGUCAUUUCCCUCCCUCCUCAAGGCCCUCUUCCCUGUUACCUGCCCGUUCUCCCCCACGUCCUCCUGUUGGGAAUGGCUUCCUCCCCGUCUUCGGGUUCCAACUGGGGCCUGAUCAUGAACAUCGUGAACAGCAUUGUCGGGGUUAGCGUACUGACGAUGCCCUUCUGCUUCCGACAGUGUGGCAUCUUUCUGGGAGCCCUGCUGCUUAUUUUCUGCUCCUGGAUGACUCAUCAGUCCUGUAUGUUCCUAGUGAAAUCAGCCAAUCUCAGCAAACGCAGAACCUAUCCUGGGCUAGCCUUCCAUGCCUAUGGAAAGUCUGGUAAAAUGCUUGUGGAAACCAGUAUGAUUGGACUGAUGCUGGGGACCUGCGUGGCUUUCUAUGUUGUUAUUGGAGACUUAGGAUCAAACUUCUUUGCUCGAUCACUUGGACUCCAGGUGAGCGGCUUGUUCCGGAUACUCCUGCUUUUUUUCAUCUCCCUCUGUAUUGUGCUCCCGCUGAGUCUCCAGAGAAACAUGAUGGCUUCCAUACAGUCCUUCAGUGCCAUGGCUCUGAUUUUCUAUACGGUGUUUAUGUUUGUGAUCGUGCUCUCUGCUUUCAAACAUGGCCUCUUUGUUGGGCAGUGGCUGCAGCGGGUCAGUUAUGCACGCUGGGAGGGCAUUUUUCGCUGCAUUCCUAUCUUUGGCAUGUCGUUUGCCUGUCAGUCCCAGGUCUUGCCAACGUACGAUAGUCUGGAUGAGCCAUCAGUUAAAAUCAUGAGUUCCAUUUUUGCCUCCUCACUAAAGGUGGUCACUGCCUUUUAUGUUAUGGUUGGGUUCUUUGGCUAUGUGAGUUACACUGAAGCCAUUGAGGGCAAUGUACUUAUAAACUUCCCUUCCAACGUAGUGACAGAGGUGAUACGUGUGGGAUUCAUGAUGUCUGUUGCAGUGGGAUUUCCAAUGAUGAUUCUGCCGUGCAGGCAGGCCUUGAAUACGCUUCUUUUUGAGCAGCAGCAGAAAGAUGGAACAUUCGCUGCAGGUGGUUAUAUGCCACCUCUCCGAUUUAAAGCUCUGACACUGGCAAUUGUGUUUGGGACCAUGGUUGGUGGCAUCAUGAUCCCAAAUGUGGAGACCGUCUUGGGUCUAACAGGUGCAACGAUGGGAAGUCUCAUCUGUUUUAUCUGCCCAGCUCUUAUUUACAAGAAAAUCCACAAGAAUGCCCUUUGCUCACAGAUCAUACUAUGGAUUGGUCUGGGAGUAUUAAUUAUCAGCACCUAUACAACUUUAUCAGCAACUCAAGAGAUUCCAGCAAAAAUGGAAGCCGUGGAACCAGACAAUCUGCCUGGAGAAAUAAAUAAGGAACAGGACUCUGCUAAAAUUUCAGAGCAAGUCCCAGCAGUUCAAGAAGGGUCUGAUAACCGUGACAGACCCAAAUUAAUGAAUGAGAAAGAAGAGGUGGAACAGCCGCAGAUCAAAGUUCCAAUGGAUAUGGCUAAAAGAGAAGAGAAGGAGAAACCGAAGGAGGAGGUACAACUGGACCGGCCUGAUCAAGGCAUUGCACAGCCUGUAGGAGAAGCCCAUCGCCAUGAGCCACCAGUACCACGUGAUGGGGUAGCAGUAGAUGAGGGUCAGGACCGGGAGGAACCUGAACAGAAUCGGCCACCAGCAGACAAGGAUGUCCUGGUAGAGAACAAUCCUGUGGUGGAGAAGGAAGAGCUCAAAGUUGUUCCUAAACAAGCAAAUGAAGAUAAUGGCCAGAAAAAGCUGGAAGACGAGCCCAUAAAAGACCCAAAGCCAGUGCCAGAGGUGGUUGCACACAAGGAUGAUCGGUCUCCUUACAGAGAUGUUCAGCUGGAAAAGCAGAAUGCAGAGAGAGACAACGCUGUAGGUGGGAAGAAGAAGGCCAACUUGCAAGAAGUUGAACAUGGCAAAGAAAGGGUAAAAUCCAAGGAGGAGGAGGAUGAAACACAUGAUAAAAAAAAAAUACUUUCUCCAGAGAAGUUUGAUCCAGCCCAAGCUGAGCAGAGAGAGGUUCGUAAUGCAGAAGAGAAGGCUGACAGCAAACUGGAGGGAGCUGGGAAGAAGCAGCUAGACCACGCAGUCCUGUUGCAAGUGAUUAAGGAACAGCAGGUACAGCAAAAGCAGCUGUUAGAUCAGCAGGCAAAACUGCUGGCAGUGAUUGAGGAACAACACAAAGAGAUCCACCAGCAGAGGCAAGAGGACGGAGGCGAGGAAAAGCCAAAGCAAGAAAUCCAGCUGGAAGUUGGCCUACCUUUGCCCAUGAGUAAAGAGAGAGAAGAUCAGCUCGAAAACAAAAUUGAAAAUGCUGCAAAGAAUAUACCAAGUGAUAACCUGGGUCAUCCUUUGCAUCCGUUUGAGGAUCAGCCCCGAGAUCCUGAUGAAAUUAAAAGACAGCGGGCCACUGGGCCGGGAGAAUUAAAGCAUAGACAAAACAAAUUAACUGAAGUUCCCCCUAAAAAGCUUAUGGCUUAUAUAAAUGACGAUGAGAAAAUUGCACAACACCAAGAUAGAAUAAACCAUGGAGAGGAGUUAGAGCCAGUCAAGAGUGAUUCACAGAUAGCUAGGCCUAAUGGACACCACCAGGAGAAGCAAGCCAAGGCUGAAGAGGUGAAAGGACAGGAGAUUCAAGGGGCAGAAAACAUUGAGAAAAGAAAAGAGGCUGUGAAAAGGGCUGAAAGCCAAAGAGAGGUGCCAGAGGUAGCCAACAUCCAUGGGGCUGUGGGGAGGAUUCCUCACAGAGCCUCUGAGAGAGAGUCCCUUGCCAAGGAGGUUAAAAAAGAAGACUCCCCUGACCCAGCCAUUCCACUUAAACCAAAGAUUGCUGACAACAUACCAAGGAAACUGGAGAUCCAGGAAACUGUGAAAGCUGACCAAGGUGGGGAAAGACAAAGCUUACCUUUGGACCAGGUAGACAGAUUACAGGGCCUGGAUGCCAAGAGUAAAGAGAGGGUGGCCACUGGAGCCCAUAGCCCACAGCUGAAUAAUGCCAAUGAUCCAGGACAGGAUUCAAAGAGAGAGCAAAGGAUCCCAGAGAGCUUGCAUGAAUCUGACAAUGACCGUAUCUUACAACCAGACCCGGUUAGGUCUGAGUCCAGGGAUCAUGAAAAGGCAAAACCCAACAGAGACCUCAAGCUACAAGCUGACCUGGACCUGCGCCGCAGAAGACGAGAUUUGGAAGAAGAGGCAGCAGGAGGUGUAAUAAUUGGACUUAACCCCCUCCCAGAUGUGAAAGUCAAUGACCUCCGUAGUGCCCUAGAGACUCAGUUAAAUCAGGCAGCAGAAGGUGCCCAGCAAGCUCUUCAUAGCCGACAGAUUAAACAAAUACCAGUGGUAGAAGAAGAGGUGUGAGAGUCUUUGCACUAUGGGGAGAUGUAGGAAUCUGCCAGCUGCUUAAAGGUGUCUGUUACGCAGCUAAGUGCCAUUGGUAUGUAACUGCUGGCAGUCCAUGUCAACUAGCUCUAUCUAAACUGAGCCCCGAUGACUGAGCAUUGUUGUUUGCGCUGAAGGAAAAAGGAAUUUCCAUGCUGCCAGCCAAUUUCAUACUUCAAAACUGUUUCUCCUCACUCUGCUGGUAGUUUGUGUGCGAAACCCAGGUUCAUCUACUUUGUGGGUUCUGAAAAUGCUUUAUGCUUGCCACCUUUCCAAAGAAGCAUGUAUGUUUUUAUUCUUGUUCAGAUACCUUUAACUGUUUAAUUUCUGUGUGUAGGAUUAGUGUGUUGUCUUAUUGGUCAUUUUAUCUUACUGGAAGCUCCCUUUAUGGGUAUGGGGAUGUUAACCUCCCUUAAAUUAAUGUUUGGAUUCUUCUGUCCUACCAUUUGCUAAAUGGAUUGAUUUGCAUUUGGAAAUGGUUGCAAGGAGAUGAAAGAAGUUCUGUAAAUGUCUGAAAGGGGAACACCUAUUCUUAGGACUAUGGAGCCAAUUACUAUCAGAGGCAUUCUUACAGCGACUUACAAACUGCUCUGAUCUUCUUCAACCAUGGGUCCAGUAUUAGCAAUAACAAAAGUUACCUGUUCUUUCCUCUUCAUUCUUGAUUAUCAAAACAUAGGUUUAUGUUUUUAAAACAAACCUAUCUUAAGUGCAUUAUGGAACCAUACUGUGUAUAAAAGCCUUGCAAGAUGUUUGCUGCAAGAGAAAGCAAUUGUGAACAUUUAAAGAGAUUAUUUCAAGGGGGCACUAUCAAAGUAGGCCAGCUGACAUCUACCUCUUUCCUCCAUUUUAUGAAUCCUUGUAGGGUAGCUUAAAGCUGUCCCUCUAGAUCCCUUCCAGUUCUUCAGGAGACUACAGCGUGCAAAAUCUGUUAGUCCUGUCCUUGAGUUGGCAAGCUUCUGCAUUUGAACACAACUGGUUUGUUCCAGAUGUCCUGAUAAGGAUUGUUAUUUUUGUUGUUAACAAAUGAUACAACAAAAUUAAGCUCUUGACAUUUGAACAUCCCUAACAUCCAAAGAUAUUUGCCCAUUUAAUCUGAGAUUCUCCAGAAAGAAUGGAAUUUGGCUAUAAACAGCUAUCAGUCCAUUUUCCUAGAACGAGAGGGAAAAAUGUUAGAGCAGACAUUGCUUUUGGAGUAUAGCCUGGCCCGCAACAUGGAAUGGAGAUUGGGGUGCAAUGCCGUUGUUAUAUCUUGCUGGUGAAAUGUAUUUGCUAUACUUCCAUUCAGGGAGACAGAAAUGUGGCUGGCACCACUUGACUAUUUCAAGGGGCAUUUUGCCUUGUUGCAAACAUUACUGUUCUAAUCUUUCCUCAGGCAUCUCAUUGGUCCUGCUUGACCAUCAUAUUAAACUGUGAUUUUAGGUGACUGUAAUGAGCUGCAGAGGGCCUUAGUUUAUCUGUAGUCCCCUUCCAAGCCUCCACCACCAGAGGCCAUAUGGUGUUUGGAAACUUGAGCUUCCGUUUGGUCAAAUAGCGUUUCAUAUAUCAUCUCCAAAAUAAAUUAUGGUCUAUGUGCACCAAACUAUGGUUAGCACUAACCAACAAUUUGGGUGACAAGUCAUGGCUAAAUGGAAGCUAGAGAUUCCAAACUUCUUGCAAGCCAUACUUGAGAAUAAUAUGUGUGCUAUAAUAUAUUGUCAUCACAUUAAACCGGGAAUAGCCAAGCUGAUACAGUUUCAGGCAUUUUAGACUACAAAUUCCAUAAACUCAAUCAGCAUAACCAGUGAUUAUGGGUGUUAAAGUCCAAAAGAAUUUGGAAGACAUCAGCUUGCCUACUGCUGUGUUUAACUAUGGCUGAGUGCAACCUUUCCUAACCUAGGAUCCCCAGAUGUUGUGCUAUUCCCUCACUUGGCUGGGCAUGUUGGAAUUAAGAGGUUUUUUUAGGUGGGGAAAGGCUGAUUUAGUAUGAUAUUCCACAUGACCAUUGAAUGGUGCUGUCCAAAGCACAAUUAGUUUGUGGUGGGAUUGCUGUCACUUCAAUAUGUAAAUAUGACUUACUUCAUUUUUUGUAAAUAUCAGCCAAAUUGCUUUUGUACAAAGGGCUAUGAAGCUCAAUGCCCUGUCAUGGUUUCUGGCCACAGUGUGACCAUAUGCUGUAAUCGAAGGACCAAAGAUACUUCUGGCAUUCCUCCAUAGAACAACAGAGUUUUAAACAAUCCAUCUCCAUUACAAAGGAGACAGACAGAAGGCAGCCCUGGACUUCAUCUGGAAUUCCUCACUUGCUGCCUCAGCAAAAUUUCCAAUUUGUAGUGUUGUUCAAUGACAAAUCACAGGGAUUAUGGCCAACCUGCACAAAUCAAUAAAAAAAUUGAAGCAUUUUACUAGAGCCUUUUUUCUUACUGAAAAUAGCUGGUUUAUACAACACAGGACAUCAAGACUGCUUAGUUGUAGAUGAUAUGCACUUAUGAGGGACUGUCUGUCGAUCCUGAUCCAUUUUCUAGCUUUUACACUCUUGUUUGAUCUCAGAUGCCACCAACAAAGCACAUUAUUACAGAGCUUCAGUAGUCUAUUCAGCGACAAUCUUAUUAACUACCCUGAUGAAAACUACUUGUUCCAAGCCAGAUCAAACUCUUAAUACUUCACACAUAGUGCAAUUAAAUAAUUUUCUGAGGCAUGGUUAUAAUGAGCUGGCAGAUUUGUAAAAGAUACUGAUAUAUUUAAUACUUUCACAAACAUCCAUUAAUAAAAAGGGAAACAUUUUUAUUUUGUGACAGAAAUUGCACUCCAGAAAUCUGCCUAGUUGAUACUCGACUCUAGAUUUGAGCAGUCUUCAACAAAUCCUCUCCUCUUGAGUUUCAGAAACUCAGGAGCCUUAAUAUUAUGGAGGCCUAGCUUUCCCAAGCAACCAAGAACUACAGCUCUGCCCCCGUCUUUAAAUUUUUACCAGGCAGAUUUCAGGCUGUUCUGUGAAAUCUUGGCACAUAUACACAAACACAUUUUGCUCCUUAGGCAAUUUCACUGAUUAGAUUUUUUUUCUCAAAGCUUUAGUGAGGAAAACUCAUAUUCAGAAGGGAAAUCAAAUAUUCAAAGUUGCAAGUUUCAGGAUUUUUUAUAUGCCAUAACUGGGUAUUUUUGGGUAAAUGACCAAUGACUGUUAGGGAGUCAGCCACUCUGGGCUUUCUUUGCCCCAGAUUUUCAGGAGCUGGAAUUAACAAUGUAAAGUAUCUUAAGCAAAAUCUACAGGAGUAUCCUACUUUAUUCCUGUAAAUAAGAAGGGAAUUAGUAAAUCCUCAGGGCAAAAUUGGUGUUAGUAGCUAAUUUAACAGACACUCCACUGAUAGGAAAAGGCUGCUGGUAUAUUAAUCUCAUAUUUUAUCAAAAGGGAACCUGACAUAUUUGCUAAUAGAAAUUCUAACAUUACAAAAAUCUGAAUUAAAUGGUAUUUAUAUAC